AUGUAUCCAGCAAACCAUAAAACUGUUUUUGUAUUGGAUCACACUCCGUACUUUGGAAUCUCCACAGAAAGCCCGUUAGAGUUUGAGUGUUUGAAAGGUAGAGGCCAAAAUCAGAUUCCCUUGGCACCAAUUUGUAAAUCAUUAUGGACGACGAGUGUGGAAUCAUCGAUGGAAUACUGUCGAAUUGUCUGGGAUUUAUUUCCAUCGGGAAAAUUAGUGAGGUUUGUUGUCAGCGACCAUGCAGCCCACAUUUUGAACACUUGGAGUCCGCUCCAGCAGAAUUUAUCCCAUAUAAUGAAUGGCAUGGCGAUUAUUGGAGUUCCACCGCGAGGUCACCAGCCGGGAGUUGACUUUUCGGUGAUCCAUGGUCUCAGAGUUGCCAUCGAAGCCCUAACAGAAUGCUCUGACAUCCAAAACAAUAAAAAGACAGAAAAUGCCUCGAAACUAUUGAAUAGAGGUCGAGUUAUUUGUAUUACUAGUGCUCGGGAUAAUAUCAAUAUGAAGAGUUUGGAGAAUAUUUUUCUCAACCAAUUAACGCAGCAGAAUAAGGUUGCUUCUGGCUCCGAUACAUCCAUACCAAUUCAUCACUGUCACCUUGUCAUCUUGAACAUUUUCCCAGUCAACAUAGAAUCUCAAGUUACGAGCCAAAAUCCAAGAGAAGUGUCUCCAUUAUUGACAAUGGAAGUCCAUUCCAUGAAAGCAACAGCCCUCCACUCCAAAUUAUCCCAUCUAAUAUUAUCUCACUAUGACUUAGCGAGUACUACAGUCACAGGUAUACCGAUGAAAGAGGAACAGAAUGCAAGUUCAUCAGCUAAUUAUGACGUUGAAAUAUUUCAUUCUCUCAGUGCUCACACAUCCAUUUUAAACGGCAAUCCCCAAGACUCGGCUCUCAUAAAAACAUUUAGGAGAUUCGAGGAGGGCUCGGAAUACGAAACUGUGACAUUGAAAUGGUGCACACCGAGGGGUUGCAGUGCUUCGGAGAUGCAAAAUUGCACAGCCAUGCACAGGAUAACUCCGGUAGACGUAAAUAGUCGGCCAUCCUCGUGUCUCAUCAAUUUUCUACUCAACGGACGUUCUGUUAUGCUUGAGAUGGCACGAAAAAGUGGUGGAAAAACGAUAUCACAUUUACUAGCUGCUCACGGGGGUGAAAUAUUCAUUCAUACGUUAUCAACAGCAAGAAGUGUCUUGGAAGAUCCACCAUCAAUCAGUGAGGGAUGCGGAGGAAGGGUGACUGAUUACAGAAUAACUGACUUUGGUGGUCUAAUGAAAAGCAACAUUUUGGUGCCACUCAAACGCUCCUCUAAUGAAGAAGGAGAUGGUACGUCAGCACCCAUGCGAUCGAGACUGGAGAAACACACGAGAUAUUGGCCAAUGACAAUUUCCAGUACAUUGAUAUUUAAUUUGAAACAGAUAAUUGACCCAUUACCAGAACUAAUGGUGAAAGACGAGCUAUCUAAAGACGAGCUGGUUAAAUGCAAACAAUUGUUGUUCAGUCUCCUUCAGCUCGAGUCAAAACACGAGACUCUGUCACUACCAAAUCUAGGGGGUGGCAGAGGCGGUAAAAGUGGGGUUCGCAGAGAAGAGCAUUAUCGUUUAUUGUGGGAGGAAUUAGAGAGGCUUUUGAAGGCUCAUGCCGGAACUUCACCAAUGCACGCGGAAGUGUUGAAUUGUCUCCUGGAGGUGCGAAAUAAGGACGAUAAGGACAAGGUCGAAUUGGAUCAAGCACUGAGAGAAUUGGACAGCAUUGGCAAAGAAGAGCCAACGCGUGCCAGUGUGAUUCGCGCAACGACAGACUCGCCAAUGUCUCCACCUUCGAUAACACCAACUCCUCUUGCAAAACAACUUCAAAAAAGUGGAGCCCCGAAAAGCUUCCUUGACAUUUGGCUCCAACGCAGUGCUCCCAAAGAGAGACGGCCUGAGUUUCACGGUCGUCUUAACAGUGACGGACCAAAAGCCAAACUUUAUCCCAAUCUCAAAGAUGCCAACUGGGAGCACCGCGAGGCCAUGCUCGAGGCAUAAAUCUCAUCAACUUCUUACCCCGAAGAAACAUGGUAUGUAAAUAUGUCACGUAAAAAAUUGGAUAAUCCAUUAUGAAUUAUGUACAUAAAUUAUACAAGCAUAAGGUAACACAAAUCAACCAUACCGAACAAGAAUAAUAAAUAAAUUAUUUCUACCAGCAACAACAAA